AUGGACAACAAAAAUGUCGUCGUUUGCGACAACGGCACCGGCUAUGUAAAAUGUGGAUUUGCGGGAGAGAAUUUCCCAACGUCUGUGUUCCCUUGCGUUGUGGGAAGGCCGUUGCUUCGUUAUGAAGAAUCACUCAUGGAGCAGACUGUGAAGGAUAUAGUUGUUGGGGAGACUUGUGCUGAGCUCCGGCAUCAGUUGGAUAUAAACUAUCCUGUCCACAACGGUAUUGUGCAGAAUUGGGAGGAUAUGGAACAUGUUUGGGAUCAUGCUUUCUACAACGAAUUGAAAAUCACUCCAUCAGAGUGUAAGAUACUGCUCACGGAUCCACCUCUUAAUCCCGCCAAGAAUCGCGAGAAAAUGAUUGAGACAAUGUUUGAGAAGUACAAUUUCGCCGGCGUUUUCAUUCAAAUCCAAGCCGUUUUGACUCUGUAUGCUCAAGGUUUGCUAACUGGUUUGGUUAUUGAUUCUGGUGACGGUGUUACUCAUGUGGUUCCGGUUGUUGACGGUUACUCAUUCCCUCAUCUAACCAAAAGAAUGAAUGUAGCUGGUAGACACAUCACAGCCUAUCUCGUUGAUCUUCUUUCUCGAAGAGGGUAUGCGAUGAAUAAGAAUGCUGACUUUGAGACGGUCAGGGAAAUCAAAGAGAAGCUCUGCUAUAUAGGUUAUGAUUACAAGAGAGAGUAUGAGCUUGGGCUUGAGACAACCAUCCUUGUUAAGAAUUAUACUCUUCCAGAUGGGAGGGUCAUCAAAGUAGGCACAGAAAGAUUUCAAGCACCUGAAGCGCUUUUUACACCGGAACUGAUUGAUGUUGAAGGGGAUGGAAUGGCAGACAUGGUUUUCCGUUGCAUUCAAGAAAUGGAUAUUGAUAACCGCAUGAUGCUUUAUCAACACAUAGUUUUAAGCGGAGGAAGCACCAUGUACCCAGGAUUACCUAGCCGUCUUGAGAAAGAAAUCCAGGACAGGUAUCUUGAUACUGUUCUAAAAGGAAACAAAGAUGGCUUGAAGAAACUCAGAUUGAGGAUCGAGGAUCCACCUAGAAGGAAGCACAUGGUAUACCUCGGAGGCGCUGUUCUUGCAGGAAUCAUGAAGGACGCACCAGAGUUCUGGAUCAAUAGAGAGGACUAUAUGGAAGAAGGAAUCAAUUGUCUAAAUAAGAUGGGACAAGCUUGA